GAUUCUAGCUAUCUGUAUAACAGAGCAUUCUGUCACAGUGGCACAGAUCCUAUCUGAUCCCCCAUUGCAAGCAGACGUGUUUGUCAGUGCUCUGCAGGGAACCAGAGGACCAGGGGAAUGGAGAGCGUCAGCCCAGGCCAGGUGAGGCCUGGGCGGGCAAUUUCUUCCCGUGAGACCCAGGCCUUGGGGCCCACUUUGGAAGGCCAGAGGAUUACAAGAUCUGGAGGGAAAGGCCAGGAGGAGAAGGCGGCAGCAGGAGUCCCAGGGAAGGCAGUGAAGGGGCCCAAAACUGCUUCUGAGAGAGGAAUCCCAGCAGCCAUGUUGGAAGAGAGGAAAGAAGCUGGAAAUGGAGGAGGCAAAGCCAAGCAAAGGGAGGUACCUGUGUGUGUGCAGCCUGAGUGUGGGAAGGGGGAAGGGAGGAAAGUGACAGAAAUUUGUGAAAAGUUACUGAAAGUAAAACAACAUGCAAGUAAAGCUGAAAGUAAAAAGCCAGAUAGUAAAUGUGAUACUAAUGCUGAGCAGUUGGGUGAGAGCUCAGGGAACAGUGAUACUGGGAAACACCAACCCCCUAAAGCCAAAUCCCACAAAUCACACAGUAAAACUGCACCUACUGUUCCACAAACAAUGUUUAUUUCACAUGCUGAGCCCAGUAAAGAUGGAGGCCUGUCUGAUACCUGUCUGUGUGUAACUGGCAGCACUGACACCCCCGGGGCUACUGACAUGCAGCCUGAGGCACGUGGGCAAUCAGAGUGCUGGCUUCCUGGAGUCAGUGAGGCUGCAGCAACUGGCGGCCAUCUUACUUCUCCCAAACUUACAGGCAUCCAUGUUGGUACACCCAGCAGGAAUGGUGCUAGCAAUGAGUCAUCUGCACAAGCAGCAAAACCUGUUGGUGGCCAUCUUGCUUCACCCAGUUUAGGGAUCGGCCAUGCAAGGGACCGUGGUGCAAUGUCUGUAAGUGAUAAGAAUGGUUUAAAGGGGAAGUGCACUGAUGUAAAUAAAAAUGUUCCGCUUGAUGAAUCUGGCAAUAUUGACACUAAUCAGCUGGUUAAGCUAAUAAAAUUAGCUCAAGAACAAGAAGAGAAAAAGAAAAAGCUUAAACUUGAUUUAAAGCAGGCCUUUAGUGCUUAUUCACUCGCAAAAGUGGAACACCAGGAUUUCUAUCUCUGUAAAGUGGAUGAAAUUAAUGCAGAUCUCAGAGAACUGGAAAACCAGAUUUCCAUUGUGCAAGGAAAAAUUGGCCCAAUGUCUGAGGUCUUUUCAAACAGAAAAAGAUUUGAAAAACAGCAGCGGCGCCCCAGGCACACGUACAGAUCUGCCCACCCAAUAUCCACCUCUUCUUCCACCUCCGGCAAUGAGAGUGAUGCAGGGAGGGGUGGGAGAUUAACAGCAAGAAAAACCAUUGUGGCGCAGAUACACGCCCCGAACUUUGUGUUUAGCGCCCAUGAGAUCAGCACGGUGGAAGAUAAAAUGCAGAAAAAAGUGAGAGCGGCUUUCAGACAAGAGGAGGAGUUUGUUUAUUCGCAUGAGGACUUUCCCUCCCUUCCCACAACUUCCCAACAUCCUUCUCCAUUAGAAGAAACAACUGUGGACCAAGAUGGGACUCCUGCCUCUGGGCAGCAUGCUCCUAAGGUUCCAAACCAGGGGCACGGGCAGUCGAGUGAUAUGGAAUUGACGGAACCUGUGGCCCAGUGCCAUAAGGGAGGGCGAGAGAGCGCCAAUGGUGCUGUGACUGAUGUUGCGCAUGAAAUAGAGUGCGAUGUGAGUGAGGAGGAGAAUGUGUGUGCGGCUGAGACUGUGGCGCGUGAGAGUGAGGAAGGGAAUGAAGUGGCUGUGAGGUGCAUUGAGUCGGUGUUAGAGGAUUCAAGCACUGAUGUACCUGAUACCUCUCUUGUUCCUCUCUCUAAUGUCUCCUCUGUGCUGUCAUCUAACCCUGAUCCUCCCGUUAAUGUCUCCUCUGUGUUGUCACCUAACCCUGAUCCUCCCGUUAAUGUCUCCUCUGUAUCGCUAUCUAACCCUGAUCCUCCCGUUAAUGUCUCCUCGUCAUCUAACUCUGCUUUUCCCUGUAAUUCUGGUUCGGCUACUGUUAGUAAAGCAGUUUUAGGGCAGAAAUCUGGUGUUAGAACCACAAACUCCAAAGUGGCACCUCCCCCACCAGUAAAUGCAUGGACUAGACCAGUGAAUAGGGUGAGAGUCCCGGGUGUAGAGAACAAUAUCAUAGGAUCGGUAUUUAAGCAAAAAAACCUAGUCAGGCUAAGAUGGACGGGUGAGAAGGAGUUGAUGCCGACUAGAGAUGAGAUAGCAAAAGAGAUGCUCCUGAAACAAACAACUCUCACUCCAUCUGGCGUUAGAGCCUAUAUCAAGUUCUCUGAGUUAGAGUAUGACCUGGUGUUUAAAACCUCACAAGGGCUGGAACACUUUUGGCAGGACUAUGAUAAUUUUAAGAACGUUGGCCUUUGGAAGAAUUUUCGGGUUAUUCCUAUUACUAAACCUGAGACACGAAAAGUCACAGUUCUGUUUAAAAAUGACCGUGUCCCGCCAGAAGACAUCCUACUGUGGUUAAAGAGGCACUGCAAAGUGCUUACGCCCCUUAGAAUGGAUAUAGACAACAAUGGCUACUGGUCCGGUGGUUGGUGUGCCAAUGUUGAGUUAAUCGUAAGACACAAUGUCCCUCACCAUCUGCCAAACUCGCUAUACAUCGGAAGUGAGCGAGGCAUAGUCUUUUAUCCUGGCCAGCCGAGGGCAUGCUUUAAGUGCGGGUCCUAUAGACACCGGGCAAGAGAUUGUGCAGUAGUAAGGUGCUCACUGUGUGGUGGGGAAGGGCAUACAAGCAAACAGUGUGAGGAUGUAAAGUGCAAUUUGUGUGGGCACUUUGGUCACCCACACAGGGCAUGUCCAGAGGCUCUCCAUAACAUCAUGAGAGACUGCCCCCAGCUGGAGGAGGAAAUGGCAGAGGAUUUAUUAGAGGAACUACAAGAAGAGCUUCAUAGUGACCUGCCCCUAGCCCAGCCAUCCUCUGUAAGCCUGUUAGGGUCUCUAGAACAAGACCCAGAGAUUGCUGCCCCCCUGAAAUCCUCUUCUUUCUCCCAGGCAGUGAGCAAUGAGUCCAAUCCCAUUACUGAUGUUCCUGUUAGUCAGCCUUUGUUUAAACAGCCUCUCCCGCAGCGUCAAAAACCUCAGCCCUCUGUACCUAGAAGGUCUAACCCAUCUGUACCUAUUGCUCAGAAUAGGGUUAAAGCAUCUCCUUCACCUGAGGAAUGGAUAAAUGUAAAGGGAAAGAAGGAGAAGGAGAAAGUGAUAACGCAACCCCAUCCAUCUAAAUGUGUCCCAUCUAUGACAAUACGUUUGGAAAAUAAAUUUGAUGUUUUGUCAGAAAGUAAAACAUGGGGGGAGGCAAUGGAGGAGGCAGAGGAGUUGGAAAGAAUAGGAAGGGAAGAGGAGAAAGAAAAACUGGAGGCGAAAGGAAGGGGCAAAACAAGAGGUGAGGGCUCUACCAAGUCCGAUCUAGAGAUGGUCACAGAUAAUAGUGUGGCAGAAGGUUUAGACAGCAAUAGUGACAGUGGUCAGGUAUCAGAGAUGGAAACUGAAAGGCAACAAGUCAGUAGCCCUCCAAUCUUGGAAAAAAAGGGGGAGGGGGGUACAUGUUGGGGUAAACAGGAUGACUCUGAUGAGUUGAUAUCUCUGGGUGAUGAUGAUCCUAUCCCCUCAGGGACACAGGUCAAAAGAUUUGGUGACCUAGAGGGGGACACUAGUCAAGAGGAUAAAAAAAGGAGGUACAAAAAUUAAUAUCUAAUUAUGGCUUUCUUACCUCUCAGGAUAAUUUCAUCCAAUGUGAACAGUAUGAAAACACCUCAAGCAAUGUUUCAAGUCUACCAAUCCCUUGGGCUACUCCAAGCAGACAUCUUCUUCAUCCAAGAGACAAGGCUUACCACCACUGCUGAUAUUAAAAGAGCAUCUAGAGAGUGGCACUGGGGUCCAGCAUUCUUUUCUAUCGCUGCAGAGCCAGGUGCUGGUGUGGGCCUCUUGUUCCGGGGGUUCUCUGAGAUAAAGGUGCACCGUCUCCUGGAGGUUGAGGUUCAUGUUUGGAGGAAUUUUCUCAGCACCUCGGCAGAUGCCUACAAUUUUAUUUGUUUCCUUGGGGUCUAUCUCAUCUAUUUUUGGGUGGGGGACGGGGUUAGGGUGGGCUGUGGUUCUCAAAGACAAUAUAAGCAAACUGUCCUGGAUUUGGUCUUUUCUGUGGGGGUGGGGAGGGAACCAACAAGGACAGAGGAUGGACUGUGACAAUCGGUUGUCUUAUGAAGGGUGGGUUUAUAGGGUGGGGGCGGAGGUGGUGUGGUUAUAUUGUAAAUAUAUACAUAUGGACUGACCCAAGGACUUUGCUCAUUUAGUAGCAAUUUGAUGUUUGUUUUUGUUUGAUUGAGGUGUGUACUUCUUUAUGAACAGUGUUUAUUUUAUAAUAAUAAAGAAAAUUCCUAUCUGA